CGUCAUCAGAACGCGCCUCCGAGCUGACUGCGGUACCCAACCAAACUGACCUUCCUUCUCGCGGCCUCGUCGUCGCUCGUCCUGGAGUCAGACGAGGACCUUGAAUGUUUUGCGUUUAAACUUCUGUGUUUUGUUUCAUUGCACACACACACACACACACACACACAGCCAUGUCCACAACGCUGGACGUCCCGUCACAGGAGGAGCUGAAGGUGGACGAGGUCAAUGUCUCCUCUGCGGUGCUUAAGGCUGCUGCCCACCAUUAUGGCUCCCAGUGUGACAAAGCCAACAAGGAGUUCAUGCUCUGCCGCUGGGAGGAGAAGGACCCCAGAAAGUGUCUAGAAGAAGGGAGGAAAGUCAACGAGUGUGCACUCAACUUCUUCAGGCAAAUCAAGGGCAGCUGUGCCGAGUCCUUCACGGAGUACUGGACCUGUCUGGAUUAUUCAAACUUGGCGGAACUGCGGCACUGCCGUAAGCAGCAGCAGGCCUUCGACGGCUGCGCCCUCGAUAAGCUGGGGUGGCAGAGGCCCGAGCUGGGAGACCUGUCUAAGGUGACCAAAGUAAAGACCCAGCGGGCCCUCCCCGAGAACCCCUACCAGUCUAGACCACGUCCUGAAGCCAACCCAGCCAUUGAGGGUAAACUGGAGCCUUCCAAACAUGGCAGUAGGUUAUUCUUCUGGAGCUGGUGAGGCAGCGCCAGAAAGUCAGUCACCUUCCCAAGCCAUGGGCUCUGUCCAAAAACAUCUAGACCACGUGUGAUCAAUGAUACAUCAGCAUUACUUCAAAAGGUUUACAUCUCUCUGGUGCAGACGGCAGGAACAUGGAUGCUGGUUUUGCCACCUUUAUAAAUGUGUAAGGUCCGCGGGUUGGUUUUGGACAGAGCUUAUGUCCUAAUAGUCUCUUCAUCAGCUGUACCUCCAGCAUCGUCAAACAGUGUGAUAAAGGAAGGAAGGAAAGAUGGAUGAUUGUGUUAACAACGUCCAUGAAUACAGCUUUCUUGACCACUUCUGUAAAUGUAAUGAGUGAACCAAUGCAACAUGCUGUUAUUGUUGUCAAAUAAUAAAAAGAUAAAUUAUAA